AUGUCUCGUAAUCAGUACAAAAAAGCUGCACACAACGGAUUAGACACAUCAACUGAAUCAAAGGCUAUUGGUAGACAUGUUGUGAGAAAUAAAACAAUAUGGAUAUUGAUUGAUUCAGGAUGUUGGUGGCCGAAUAUGAAUAAAGAUGUCCGAAAUUAUGUUGCCACUUUUGAAUCUUAUCAAAAAUCAAAUUCAAAAAUGAAAAAAGUUUCUCCAGAUCUUCCUAAAAAUCCAGAAGGUUAUGUUGGAAUUUGUGUAGUUGUUGAUAACUUUUCAAAAUGGAUUAAAGCAAAGCCUAUUUAUAAUAAAAGUGCUGAAGAGGUAUCCAGAUUUCUAUAUGAACUUAUAUGUCGACAUGGUUGUGCCUCAAUUCAAAUUAAUGAUCAAGGUCGGGAAUUUUGUAACAAAGUUUCUGAAAAUUUGCUAAGUUUUACUGGAACCUGUCAACUUAUUACUUUGGCUUACCAUCCUCAAGCUUAUGGUCUGGUUGAAAAAGCUAAUAGAAUUAUACAGUGUUCUAUGCUUAAAGUGCUGAACGGAGAGCUAAAAAUGGCCUCAUUCACUAGAUGGCAUACUGUUUGCAUUCGAACAACUCGCCACAAGUCAACUAUUGUCACUCCCUUUCAAGUUAUGUAUACAAGAGAGCCAAUUUUAUCCUUACAAUGCAUAAAUAAUAAUCAAAGCUUAAUUCAUGAUGUAUCUGUUGAUUUAGACAUAGAAGCAGAAAAAGAUAUAAAGAAAUCUCAAUUGCGACAAAAGAAGGACUAUGAGAAACGUCACAAAAACCAAAUCCAAUUCAAUAUAGGCGUUUUUUUUGUUUAUAAUCUUAGAAGAGCUGAUAGAAAAGGUGAUAAAGGAAAAUCUGUUUGGGAUGGACUGUACAAAAUUAUUAAAACCUUUAUUGAUAAAGGACUUUAUCAGCUAAAACAAAAAAAUGGCGAAACACUUUAUACCAAGCAUCAAGAUUCAAACAUGAAACUUUCAAAAAAAAGAUCUGAAGACGAAAUUCUUUAA